AUGGCCUCUUCCCAGCCCAGCGACAGUGGCCGUGACAGCGAAGCGCUGCUGGACUUCUUCGUCCUGCUGCUGGAGUACCUGCUGCUCUCGAACUACCUCGAGGAGGUGCUGCAGCAAACCGACGACUCGGUGACCACCGACGCCAAAGGCUUUUCUGAGAAUGCUGUGUUCGGCUACCGGAGCUUCUUGAACAACUUGAACCACGCUAAGAUCUACACCGACCACGUUAAUGACCGCAAAGCACGCCUUUCGGACGAGUCCCGCGAACAUGUCGACAUUCAGCCCGACUUGAUCCCCGGGUUCCGCCUUGUGAAACAAUUUGGCCCGCAGAAGCUCACGCUGACAAUCCUCUACCACGCCGUCGUCGCUACAGGCCCCCGCGUGGACCCUCGGUUCGACGAUAACCACGUCGUGGUGCUGGACAUUUCUGGCGCCGACCCGCAAGCCCACGCCAACGGCACCACCAGCGAGCCCGUGAAGAAGGUGAUUGUCCAGUUGCUGCCGAACUUGGUGGAUAACCUCAACGUGCUGCGGUUGCUCAACGAGUGGUACUUGUUGCUGGGGCUCAACCCGCCGAAACUGCAUCGCCCGUUCACUAACCUGUCGGUGUCCAACCAGUGGCUACCACCGCUGGACGUCGUGUAUAACCCCCACGACCCCAAGGGGCUGUUACCCAUCACGUUCCCGCGAGACGUGCCGGGGAUCUUAUACCCUAUCCAUGCCAUCACCAUCAACCGGGGCACCGACGAAACCGAAGCUAAUGGAUCGCAAACUCUGCGAAGACACACGCGGGUGCCGCUGAUGGUGGCCGAUAAGAUUUCGGGUGGCAGUGGCACUCACAAUACCGCUCAAGGACAAGUGCUUAUCAACGACUUAAUGGAUAACGACCCCAGCAUCAUCAGCGACCCCACCCAGAAACGGUUUGCGUUGAUAUAUCCCGAUAACGAUUACACCACCAUUUCCGAGUGGUACGCCAGCCACCAGACCCAGGCGACGCUGAUCCAGGCCCUGAUAUCACAAACACUCCGCCAGACGCUGCGCCAGCUGCUGGUGAUCCUGCUGAACCUGAUGGGGCUGGGGACGUAUGGAGGACUCGCAGCACCGCUGUUCACCCUGUCGUUUGGCCAGCGGCAUUUGCAAGGCGUAGUACCGCCUAAACCAGCCCUGGUGGUGGUGGACAUCAUCGACGAUAUGGUGAAGGUGCUCAGGACCCUUGGAGUGGCCCACGAGCUCAAUAUCUGCCAUAACGGUAUCACUCCCUAUACCAUCUAUAAGCUGGAGACCGACCCCGAGGACGUGCGGCUUGUGGGAUGGGACUAUGCCUUCUCCAUCCAACCAGAGAACUGUACUAAUGGUUACCGGAGACGUCACUUAGCCCUGACGGUAGAUGCCUUACCCUAUGUGCUGCCGGAGUAUGCUGGUGACGUGAUGGAGCUGGUCGACUACCGCCUGGACUUCUAUCUGAUCGGGGUGGUCCUCUACGAGUUGCUUCUAGGCCUGGUGCCCUACAUCGACUCCAACCCGUACAAGAUGUUGCGGAUGACGAUCACGCAGCUGCCGAUCGCCCCCACCGUGGUCGCCCCCUGGGUGAGUCCCGAGCUCUCGAUGCUCGUGAUGAGAUUGCUCCAUAAAGACCCUCAACAACGGUACGGCGACACCGAGCUGGUGAUCAGAGACUUGGUGGCAGUGAGAACUCACUACGUCGAUAAGAUCCCCGACAAGCUGGUGGUGGCGCCUCCUCCCGCGGUAUACCCGGAAAAGUGUGGUGUCCCUCUCACGUUGAUCCCGCCUCGUCGUCUCUUUGGCCACACUGAGGUCAGAGACGAAUUGCUUGCCGACUUCGACGCCCAGGGCGAAGGGGUGCUGAUAUUCUAUAUCAAGGGUCCCUCAGGACUGGGGAAAACGUCGUUGCUUAAUGAUAUCCGUCCCCGGAUUAUGCACUCCCAGGACAUCUUUGUGCUGUACAGGUACACCACCGAAGACAAUCUCACGUUUUACACCUUCUUCGUCCAUAUCAUCAAAGAAGUGGUGCUGAACAUCAUGUUGAGUCUGCAGGAAGAGAUCCUCAGGUGGCGCAAUGAGAUAAAGGCUGCGAUUGAUAUCGAUAUCCAGUUCAUGUUUGACGCCAUCCCUCGACUUCGAGAGUUGAUGGGGAUGGAUCCCCGGUGGAAGCGGCUGGUGACCCAGGGAGCCGAAGAGUCACAGGAGUUCAACUACGAGCUCCGCUUCCGCUACGGCGUGCGCCUUUUGCUCAUGGUGUUCGCCAGCCACGGCCUCACCCUCACCAUGGACGACCUCGACUUGAUCAACCCGCUGGCGUUCCAGUUCUUUGUCGAGGUGUUUGUCGGUAUCCAUGAGCACCUAGUCCAGCAAAACCAAGGGCGGUUCCGCUGUAUUGUCACUUAUAAUAGCGACAACGAGAAUCUCAAGAAGUUGAUCCACUCUUCUCUUUAUAAGAAAGCCGAGCUUUUCUAUAAGGACUACCACCUAGGCCCCGUGCUGAAAGAGGCGUUCAGAGAGUACGUCGGCAGCUGGCUUUUGUCGAACACGUUCAAGCUGGAGUUGGCCAGUUCCGCCGAGCUUGCUCCCAACGACCUGGUACUUGAAGUGAAAUCAAUCUUGCCUCCAGGAGUGUGUGAAUUGGCUGACCAAAUGCAUGAGCGGUGCGGAGGCAAUUUAGCUUUUGCCCACUACUUGUUUGUUGAUGCCGUCGUGUGCCUGAGAGUGAAAUACGGCGGUUGCCAGGCGCUGGAACAACGCUGGCUCAUCGACGUCGACUGGAGCCAGUCGCUGAUGUGGGGUAAGAUCGGCACCUAUUUGGACCACCUGCUCAGCACUGAUACUCUCCGGGUGUUGAAAGCGGCCGCAGUGACUCGUCGUGGUAAUGUGUUCCACAUGCUGGACCUCUUGGUGGUGCUUUCCAUGCUGCUUCCUCAGUGCUAUGCUUUGCUCAACAAAUUGAUGGAGGCGAGAAUCAUCAUGCCGGCGCUGACUUAUUACAAAGUGCCCUUCCACGUGCUUGGCGAAGAAGCGUUCCCCUUUGAUUUCAGUGAUGGCCUGGUGUGGGAAUUGACAAGGCAAAAUACCUACCUGUUUGUCCACGACCUGGUGUACACGGUGGUUAAGCAGAGGAUGCAGAAGCUGGGCGAGUGGAGCGAGCAGCACCGCGUGUGUAGUCUUUGUUUCCACAAGAAGAUCUCCAAGCUGCACUCCACUACCAUGCUGGAAUACCUCACAAUGGCGAUGCACAUGGUCCAGCUGGUGGAGGUGGCGCGCAAGGAUGACGUCAAGAUCUAUGUCAACGCAUUGAUUGAGGCCGGGAGAACGGCGUCGCUGGCGUGCAACUUGGAGUUUGGCCUCCAGUUCUUCGAGGCGGCCAACGUCCUCAUCACCGAACCCAAGUAUAAGGUGAAGAUCUCCAUCACUAUCUGCCACAACUUGUUCUCGUUGCAAGCGUACGAUAAGUGCCUUAAGUUCAUCGACGAGGCGAUAAACAAGUACGGGUUUGACGAGCUGAUCUUCCUCUUGGCCAAAGUGCGCUGUCUCAUCCACCUGGCCCGCCUUGACGAAGGGCUCGAGUUGGCAUUACACGGGUUGAAGAAGCUUGGCAUCAACGCUACGCUAAACGAAGCCAAAGCCGAACAGAUAUACCACAAAAUCAUUCUGAAAGUGCCGCUCCUGGUGGCGGAUAUCCGCGCCAUGCGAGACUUUAAGGUCACCACCAACCCCGUGGUGCUUCUUGUGUACGAGCUCAUUGGCGACGCCAUCCAAGCCACGUACAUGAGCGAGAAGUUAUGGGUGAGAGUGAUGCUUGUCGCCCAGAUGCUUGUGAUGAUGCAGAGCCACGGGGUGCUGGCAUUCUGUGGGGGUCCCUUGGUGGCCUACGCCAACUACUUGAUCACCAGCGACGUUUCCGGUAACUAUUUGCAGGCGAUUGAGUUCGGUAAGCUUGCGCUAGCCCUCGUUGGCCGUGGUGACCGCGUCCCCUUGAACUAUAUCCAAGGGUUUUACGAGAACUACGUCCACACCCUUGCCCUCUUCAUCGAGCCUCACACCGAGGUGGUGCGCCAAUAUGAGGUGUAUGUGUCCAAUAGCAUCUCCAGCCACUACCCGGGUGCCCUUGCUGGUCUUCGUGGUGUGGUGCGGUUAUUUUUGGCGGUGUUCAACCUGCUGAUCUUCAGCGACACCCACUUCGACGCUUACAGCUUUAAGAUCUCCCAGUUGGAUCAUGUACAAGUACACUGUCUCCGUCUCUUACAAGGGGAUAUCACCUACGAGAAGUUCAACGAAAUGGACGUCUCCGAGCUCACCGUCGACUACCAGUUCUGCGUGCUUGCGCUGCGGAUCUUCUACCUCAAGGCCCACAGACGCUACCGCGAGGCCGCCGACUACGUUUUCGAGUACUUCAAGCUGCAGAGCACGUUGCCAUUCACCGUGGUUCAUCUCGAGGUGCUCUCUAUCAUGUACGCCGCGUUGCUUCGGUUUGUCCCCCGGCUGGACGAGGAAGCCGAGCUUGCUGCGGAAAUCAGACGCCAGUUGUUUGAGUUCUUCGAGACGUGGGCCGGAUUAAAUCCGGGUAAUUUCAGCCAGCGGUUCCUCAUGUUAUCGGCCCUUAAGGCGCUGAAAGACCCUAACGUCGAUGCGAUUACAGUGCUUGACAAGUUUGAGGACGCCGUCGAGUAUGCCCUUGAACAACAGAACUAUUAUGAUAUCGGGUGGGCGCUGCACUUCUGCGCCACCUGGUUGAUCGAUAGUGGGGGCCUGCCGAAGCGGAUCGCUCGUUACCUCCAAGUUGCCUUGAAUGCGUUCAAACGGACUCAGUUCAAAAACAUGGUGAAAGUGAUUGAAGCGAGACGCAAGGAGUUCACCUCGUCCAACUGGGCAGGGAUGCCCACCGUGGACCCUAAACACCCCUCGGCAGGGUUAGCCGCUGAAUUCGAUGCGUUGGAGUUGUACAAUAAGCGCAAGCACCCGCACCCGCAACCGCAGACUGACGACAACGAUACCAUGAGCGAUCCACGCGAUGUUGCCCAUAUUCGAGCCCGGUUCAAGAACUAUCGUGUACGUCCCAGUGAAGUGGAUCCUCGAGAACCGGCUCCCGUGUUCACCGGCCACGUCAACGACGCCAUCAGGGCGUGUCUUGCCAUCUCUGAAGCUCAGGAUUACCGCCUGAUUGCUCUCAACUUAGUGCAACACACCGUCGAGCUUACCCACAGCGAUUAUGGUGUGGCCGUGGUGAAGAAGGGCUCGGAGUUUGUCCUCAUGGCGCUGGCUCGCCCCGACGGGGUCCAAGUGUUCCGCGACGAGCCCAUCUCGCUGCGCCGGGAUGCCAUCCCCUACUCGUUGGUGGCUCAUGUUGCUAACAGUGGCCACGUGGUGCUGCUGCUGGCGGACCCGUUGUACUUUAAUACCCGUUUCAGUCACGAUGACUACUUCCAGGAGAUGGGGGGACACGCCCCCGCGAUCUGUGUGCCGUUGAAGCAUGAUACCGAGGUAGUGGCGGUGCUCUACUUGGAGCUGACAAACCUGGACCUCAAGAACGAAGAGGUCCGCCUCAACCGCCACAACAUGAUCAUGCUCUUCUGUAUGCACGCAGCGGUGCUGUUGACGAAAGCCCGGCUUUAUGAGCAGAUGGACCGUACUAAACAGGCAGCGGAGGAGGCAAUGGCGGAGAAGGCGCUGUUCUUGCUGAAUAUGCUGCACGAGAUCAGAACCCCCUUCAACUCGCUCUUGCUGUGUUCGCUUUUCCUUUUAGAUACCGACUUAACGGCCACUCAAGAAGAAUACGUCCAGACGAUCAAAAACAGUGCCAUGGUCACCUUGAACAUUAUCGAUGGUAUCUUGGCAUUCUCCAAGAUCGAGCACGGGCUGUUUACACUUGAUGUCGCUCAUUUCAACCUCAACGACUGUAUUGAGCUGGCGAUACAACUUAGCGGCGAACAAGCGAUUGCCAAUAAAGUUGAGCUUGCCCUCUAUAACGACUGUCCUGAGAUCGCCACCGUUGAGGGUGACGUCACUCGUUUCCGCCAGAUCAUCAUCAAUUUGAUGGGUAACGCCGUCAAGUUCACCAGCGAAGGCCACAUUCUUGUCCGUGUGCGGGCGACGGAAAUUGUUGGUGACCGUUAUGAGAUUGUCAUUCUGGUGGAAGAUCUGGGUAUCGGGAUCCCGAAAAACCUGCGUAAUAAAGUGUUUGGUGCUUUCUCGCAAGUGGAUGGUUCGCUGAGACGAGUGUUCGGUGGUUCCGGUUUAGGUCUCGCCAUCUCGAAGAAGUUGUGUGAUAUCAUGGGCGGACUGAUCACCUUCGACUCCACUGAAGGUGUAGGGCUGACGUUCUACUUCACGGUGCUGCUGCUGGUGACGAUCUCAAAGACUCCCCCUCAAAUCGACUGGCCGUCUCAAUGGGGCGCUAAACCCAAGAUUUUGACUGUGGAUAAGCUUGGGUACAUUCGCCGGUCGCUCGUGAUGAUCUUGAAAUGGUUGGGAGUCGAGGCUGUGGAUACUGACACCGUUAAACUGGUGGAAAACCCCGACCAGUUUGAUGUGGUGUUUAUUGCCGUCAAUUCCUUAAGUCAAUUCCCUGAGGGUGUCGAGGCGGUGUUCAGCAAAGCUCGUAUCAUUGUCCUGGCUCCGUUCGGGGUGCUUUUGUCUCCGCAAGUGGCGCUGUACCCGGUGAUUUUGUGUCCGUACAUGCGACUGAAAGUGGUAGACGUAUUGCGGCGAGUGGCGAGCAAUAACGCCUCCAAUGGCACUGUCAACGUCAAGGCGAUCAAGGGCGGCUCUGACAAGUCGAAGCUUGCUCAGCAGUACCCGCUCACCAUCCUUUUAGCUGAGGAUAACGUCGUCAACACCAAGGUCGCCCUCACCCACUUGCGGCGGUUUGGCUACGAGGCCGACCACGCCAAGGACGGGGUCGAAGUGCUAGAAUUGUGCCAGAAGCGCAUCGACGACGGCGUGCCCUUAUACGAUGUCAUUUUGAUGGACAUCCAGAUGCCUCGGAUGGACGGCAUCGCCGCCACCAUCGAGCUCAAAAACCUGUUGAAAAAGCAAGGGCUCCCCACCAAGAUACCCUGUAUUGUUGCUUUGACCGCCAAUGUCGCCGGCGACGACCGCAAACGUCUGAUUGACUGCGGCAUGGUCGAGUUCAUCACCAAGCCCAUCUUGCCCAUGGACUUAGGGCGUGUGUUGGAGCACAUCGGCAAGGAGAAGGAGGCGGAACGGAUGGUGGAGGUGUUCCACGAAAAUAUGUAA